AUGGUGGUGGUGGUGGGUGGUCUCCACGACGACGCGUUGGCGGCGAUCGCCGACGAGCUCUUCGACGGCGGAGACCUCCAGGCCUUGCUUGAUAACGCGGGGAUGGAGGCCGCGGCGAGAGGCGGCGGCGAGGCAGAGGAGGAGGAGGAGGAGGAGGAGGAGCUGGAGUGGCUGUCGAACAAGGACGCGUUCCCGACGGUGGAGACGAUGGCGCCGGCGCCGGCGGUGGUGGUGGUGGUGGAGCGGAAGAAGGUGGCGCGGCGAGGGCCACGGCCGCAGGGUCCUAAUGCGGCGGCGGAGGGGGAGGGGCUGCAGUGCCGGCACUGCGGGACGACGAAGACGCCGCAGUGGCGCGAGGGUCCGGAGGGCCGCCGCACGCUGUGCAACGCGUGCGGCGUGCGGUACCGGAGCGGCCGGCUGGUGCCGGAGUACCGGCCGCUGAACAGCCCCACGUUCUCCCCGGAGCUGCACUCCAACCUACACCGCCGCGUCCUCCAGCUAAGGCUACAA